GUUUACGUUGUCAAUUGUCAAUUAAUGUCGAUAAAACAUAAAUUUUCUUUUUUAAAUGUGAUGUAAAAUUGUUUUAUUGUUCAUGUUUGCGAUAUUCCUACCUUGGAGAAUAAUUUAAAAUAGUUAGAUAGUGGUAUUUGUGUUUGAAAUCCUCAAAUAAACAAGAUCAGAAUGCGUAGGCUUAGAACUCUUUGUAUAGCUGGUGUUGUGUUUGCCACAACAUGGGUGCUGACAGCUGCAGAGGGCCCCAUAUCUAUGUCUUCAUCAUCACCACCCACAGACCAUGCAGCAGUCAAAGGCAGCUUCUGGCAAGGGUUCCUCGCGUCGCUGUCCGUGGUCAUAGUUUCCGAGCUCGGCGAUAAGACCUUCUUCAUUGCCGCGAUCAUGGCCAUGAAACACCCCAGGGUGAUAGUUUUCGCUGGGGCCAUAUCCGCUCUCGUAUUCAUGACGGUUCUUUCGGCAGCGUUUGGUUGGGUCGCCACCGUCAUACCCCGGGUGUAUACGCAUUACAUCAGCGCAGCGCUGUUCGCGAUAUUUGGCCUGAAAAUGCUCAGAGAUGGAUGGAAAAUGAACCCCAACGAAGGGCAGGAGGAAUUGGAGGAAGUGCAGAGCGAACUGAAGAGGAGAGAAGAUCAGGAGGACAAAGAAGAAACUGUCGACAUGUUGGAGCAGGGUCAGGCGGAGAACAGAAGGAGGAAGCGUAAUGCUGUCCUGAAAGUUCUUCUCCAAGCUGCCUCUUUGACGUUCCUAGCUGAAUGGGGGGAUAGGUCACAAUUGGCCACAGUGGUGCUAGCGACAAGGGAAGAUGUGUUUGGCGUGGUUGUGGGAGGGUCUUUGGGACACGCCCUGUGUACUGGGCUUGCCGUGAUCGGGGGUAGGAUGGUGGCGCAGAAGAUUAGUGUAAGGACUGUUACGAUAAUCGGCGGUGUAGUGUUCCUGUUCUUCGCCGUGAGCGCGUUAAUAAUGGGCCCCGGCGAAUAGGACUCUAUGUACACGUGAUAAGUGACAAUAUCGUAUGUAGCUAAUUAUUGUAUAGAACCAACGUUUGGAGCAUUUGUGCAAAAGUAUGACGAAUAUAAUUUGGAUAGAAAAUAGCAGCUUUUUUAGUGAAAUGAUAUUGAAUGCAGUAAUUAAGUUAAAGAUGUUAGGGUUUUUUAGGGGGCCUUGGGAACUUGUCUUGUCUUGGUUUUGGGUACGAUUCCCGGUGGGGACUGGCGAAAAAAAUGUCUCGGUCUGUUAGGAUACAGAAGGCUGAAUAGUGGAAUAGAUGCGUAAUGCCCCAUACCCCACACGUGGACACGGGAUUUAACUUUUUUCGUU